CGCAAAACGGAAGCGGAAAUUUCCGUAGUUGCCUAGAAGACGCUGCUUCCUUCCCUUCCCCAUCACCCAAGGAUAAUUUCUCUCCGGCCCUCUGGCUGUCGGACCUAAUGCUGCUGCCCCGGCGGGACUGUUUACGAGCAGCCAGUGAGCCCGGAGCAUAGAGAGCGCCAGAGUGCCCUCCACCAACCCUUUGCAAUCAGCGGUACGCCAAUUUAUCUGUCACCAUGACACACUCAAUGUUGCGUAGAACACUGAAGAACCUGGUCCAGAACUUCUCUGAGGCCGAAGUCAAGGUCCGAGAGGCCACCUCCAACGACCCCUGGGGUCCCUCCAGCUCCCAGUUGUCCGACAUCUCAGACCUGACGUACAACGUGGUGGCCUGCAAUGAGAUCACAAGCAUGCUGUUCAAGCGCCUCAACGAUGUCGCCAAGAACUGGAGGCACGUGUACAAGUCUGUUGUAUUGCUGGAGUAUCUGCUGAAGACGGGCGCAGAUGGAGUGGUCACUGCCAGCCUGGAGAACGUCCACGUGGUCAAGGCUCUUACCGAGUUCCGCGCCGUAGACAAAGACGGCAAAGACCAGGGCGCUACCAUCAGAGAGAAAGCAAAGAUUGUGCUGGUGUUGAUUGAGGAUCCAGAGAAGCUCAAGGAAGAGCGUGAUAUGGCCAUGAAACACAAAGACAAGCUACAAAAGGCAACCACAGCUGCGACGGAAGCAGCAGCGGAGAAAGAAAAGCCAGUGAUCGCACCCUACACUGGCCUCCCCAAGCUGGAUAACAUCCCUUCAGUGGCCGAACUCAUGGCCGAGAUGGCCGCCAAGAAGGAAGAGAGGCGCAAGGAAGAGGAGAAAAAGAAAUCAGAUGAGCGAAGGGCUAAGGAGGGUGAUACGGAACCAGACCUGUGGGAGCAGGGGGGCACCGCUGCACCACCCUCUGGCUCAGACCCAUGGGGGGGUGCCCCCUCUGAACCUCCAAAGGAUGAUGGUUCAGCUAAGAAUGACCCCUGGGGAGGCGCAAGCGAACCAGCCGCUGCCAGUAAAGAUCCCUGGGGUGGGGGAUCAGACGCUGCCCCAUCUGAAGAGGCUCCUGCAACUAAUGAUCCUUGGGGCGGAGGAGCUGACAGUGCACCAAAGGAGACUUCGCCAGCUAGCAAUGAUCCAUGGGGUGGCUCGGGAGAUGCCCCAUCUGAGGACACUCCAGCAAGUAAUGAUCCUUGGGGCGGGGGAUCGGACACUGCCCCCAAAAAAUCUCCUCCCACCACCAACGACCCUUGGGGUAGUUCGGGAGAUGCCCCACCAAAAGAUACUCCAGCAAACGAUGAUCCUUGGGGUGGGGAAUCAGACUUUGCCCCGAAAGAAUCUCCUCCACCUAGCAAUGACCCCUGGGGUGCUGCAGGAGAUGCCCCAUCAAAGGACGCUCCUGCAACAAAUGACCCUUUUGGUGGUGGGUCAGACAUUGCCCCAAAAGAGUCUCCCCCUUCAAGCAACGACCCAUGGGGUGCAUCAGGAGAUGUGCCAUCCACAGAAGCACCUGUAGCGAACGACCCUUGGGGUGGAGGAGCAAGUGACACCACAAAAGAUUCUGCCCCUGUCAGCAAUGAUCCAUGGGGUGAUUCAGGCACCACAGUAGAUGCCCCAUCCAAAGAUACCCCUGCCACCAGUGAUCCUUUUGGUGGAGGAUCAGACAUUGUCCCAAACGAUUCUGCACCGGCCAGCAGCGACCCAUGGGGAGCAUCGCUCGAUGCACCCUUGGAAUCUCCACCGGCUAAAUCAGACCCUUGGGAGACACCCGCUGCCAAAACCUCACCUGACACAGCCCCAGCCAGCGCUGACCUUUGGGGUGCCCCAACAGAGGUGCAAGAACCCAAACCAGACCCAUUCGAUACACCCUUGGAGUCCCAAGAACCCAAAGUGGACCCAUGGGAUGCACCAGCAGAGCCUCCCAAAACCAAAUCAGACCCAUGGGAUGCACCAGCAGAAGUACCUGAAACCAAGUCAGAUCCUUGGGAUGCGCCGGUAGAAGCACCAGUAACCAAACCAGAUCCGUGGGACGCACCAGCAGAGGCGCCUGAAACCAAGUCAGAUCCAUGGGAUGCGCCAUCAGAUACCCCACAGACCCAGGCAGACGCCUGGGGUGGAGGAGGGGAUGGGUUCGGUGAUGAAAAGAAAGCAGACAGUGACCCUUGGGGUGCCCCAGCCACUUCUCCUCCUAGUGGAGAUGACCCAUGGGGGGCUCCUCCAGCUGCCGCAACCAGCCCCAGUGGUGACCCUUUUGGAGACGGAGGCUCUACAGAUGCUUGGGGAACGCCAACCAAAAGUGCUAAUAACGGUGACCUGACAGAAGGAGCAAAAACGAAAGCUCCCCAGGGCCUCUCAGCAUGGCUAGAUGGGCUGACCCUGGACUUAACCAUGCCUAGUAAAGAAGGGGUCAACCAAACCACCCCUGUGGCACCUAUCCCAUUUGGUUUCAACCCCGUCACCCCCAGACCCUUCCAUCCCCAAAGCACCACCAGGCUCACAGGUGCAUCCAGCUAUACCCCUUUCAUCCCCCAGGGGGUGCCGCGUCACCACCUUACCCCCAUGGGGGGAUUUCAUGCCUCGUCCCCCCUCUGGGGAGCUGGGAUGGUGGCACCCAUCCAGCAAGGGGUUCCCUACGGAGGGUCUCCCAGUGGCAUGGCUGGUUCCCCAAUGCUGACUGGGAUGCGGAUGCCUGUUCAGCCUCCUCGGCCACCAUGUGGUGGUGUUGGCAUGUUUGUAACUGAUGCAAACACAAACAACCCUUUCCUCAUCUGAAGAUAUCCAUGUCCUAUGAAUGUUGUGUACAUCAUAUCCUGUCAUCCAUAUCUUAUGACCUACCCUCUCACCUAUCCCCCACCACCCGUCAACCCUGAUACUGCACCUACAAGCCUCCAGUGUAUGUGUGAUAUACCUUACUGUAAGAUAUACAUGAUGUUUGGAGAUUAAAAAAAACACUAUUUAAAAAUCAAUAAGAAGCAUAAUAUGCGCAUAUGUGGUCUUUACCUCCAUCUGGAGGAAAGAAAUGCAUGUCUGUUGAAUCCCUCAGUAGAGUGAAUGUAUAGACUGAACGGCUGUGUGUGUGAGAGAAAGGAAGAGUGAAAGAAUGAUGUAGGUAUUUUCUGUUUAGUUAUACUCCUCCCCGUGCUGUAUUUUCGUUCUUGGAGGAUGUGAAUUGUGAAGGGGGGGUUUGGAUGUCUGUGAAAUGCCCUCCUCCCUUUGACAUCAGUGUAAACCUUCAGCCUCCUCAGUUGAAUCAAGAACUUUGGGAGGGUCUCUUCAGAUGUGACUCGACCCCAGAGACUGACCUACACAAAGCCACUGUUUAAGUCAAAGAAAAGACUUUGUUUCCUCAAGCAUCGUCAGGUCAGAGAUCGUGGCUGCCAUCAGAUAAUGGAAAUAUCUCCAUACAUCAGCUAGCCUACUAAUGCACAUCAGUCAUCCAACCACCAUGGGGCUUGCUACUCUUCAAAUGAGUGAAAUCAUAUCACUUAAUUAUGUUUUUUUUUAUCUUGUUAUGUACAGUACAAUAUCUGUUUCAUGGACAGAUAUAUUGAAGUGAUGAUUCUGUAGCUUAGAGAGAAUGUUGCAAAUAAGCACAGGUGUGUAGGAGCCACAGGGGAAACAGAGUUUUGGUGUUUUGUUUUGCUUCUGGAACAUUCCAAUCAUGCAUCACAUUGUGUCAGAGGGCAGUUCUGACAGAUAGAUGGGACAAUAGCCUGGUUUGCUAUUUAUGUGUUUAUUUAUUUAUGUAAUGACUUAUUUAUUACUGUUUUUGUUUAUUUAUUUAAAUUGUUGGAUUGUUGUGUCAUCUGGAAGUUUGAAAAGCUGUUUUCCUUAUCAAUCAAACCAGUAGGGCAUCAUAUUGGUUGUUCGGAGUGCCUGUGGCUUUAGACUGAAGAAAAGCAAUGACAUGAUGCAAUCAAACAAACGAUAAUACAUUAAACGAGGAGGGGGACAUUCUCUGUGCAGUUCUGUUCUCUUUUUCAGCCGAGGGGUGGUCUGUGAUGAUGUCUGUUGUUAUUGUUAUUGAUGGUAUACAUAUAGUCAGAAAUAUGAGUUGGUUUUAUAUUUAAAAAAAAAAAAUAAUAUAUUUAUUUUACCAGGUAUGUCAAAGCAGUGUUGUUUCCCUGUGAAAGUGCACAAUUGAGAAAUAAACUGGA